ACCUCAACUAUCAACGCGCUUCAUUGACGUUUGUGUAGAUGCCUCGCCAGCCUACGCUCCCUCGACACUCGUAUUGUUGUUAACGUAAUUUGGAACAUUGAAAUCCCACGGCAAGCUGUAACAAAUGUGAGCUUCUGGCUGUUUAGCAAUCACUUCAAGACGUGCUAUUGUUGGUUUUGAACAUUUCGUGCAAACGUUUUAGAUAGCGAUAAUCCUCGUCCAAUAUUUUUUACUGCUUGCCGGCCAAAUGGACGCCACACGAUCUAACCGACGGGCUAUUACUCUUCAAUGUGGUGUGUUUCGCGAAACGACUAUUUAUGAAGAUCAGGAACUCUCAGUUUUCCAGGAACUGGUGUAUUUCUUCCUUGAUAAUAAGUUUCCAGAUCACAGCUAUGUUGCAUUAUCAGACAAGAUUCUCUUGUACAAACAUGAUUACACCAAACCGAAUAAAUUGGAAUUGUUAACCGAUGUGGGACAACUUACAGAUGGUGCCGUUGUUGAAAUUGUUUUUAAAGCACAAGAACUCCACGAUGAGACUGUGAUCAGACCUCACAUGCUUGUUGUUCAUUCAUAUGGCUCACCAACAUUCUGCGACUAUUGUGGGGGGAUGUUAUUUGGUUUGGUACGACAAGGUUUAAAAUGUGAAGGCUGUGGAGGGAAUUUCCACAAAAAAUGUGCCUACAAAAUCCCAAACAAUUGCUCAGACGUAAAAAGGCGUGGCUCAUUGCAAUCCUCAUCUGGAUUGGGCUCUCUUGGAAGCGAUGCCUUUCCAUCAUAUGAUAAGAAUGGUCGCAGAAACACAUGGACUGGGGGGCGGCCUGUGUGGAUUGACAGGGCUAUCUUGGGACGUAUUGAUGUCCCUCAUACAUUUGUUGCUCGGACUUACAAGAAGCCGACUGUAUGCCAGAUAUGCAAGAAAUUGCUGAAAUUCUUUGUACAAAAUGUGCAAUGUAAAGAUUGCAAAUUUACGGCUCACAAGAAAUGUGCUAAUGAAGCUCCCAAGAACUGUCUUGGUGACACUGCAGCAUAUGAUGAUCCCUCACUGUAUCAAAAUCCAGAUCCAAGUGAAAUACAAGAAGAAAGCGAUGAUUCGGGAACAGAAAGUAACAAACCAGAAAGUGAGCCUGUCACUCCAACCUCCCCAGUUGAGCCCCAACCACCAAAACUUGAAGCAACUGAGAGUUCAAAUAUCCCACUACAAAGAAUUGUUGUCUCAGUUAAACACACAAAGAAGCGAUCUUCGAAGGUCUUAAAACAAGGAUGGAUGGUACACUUCACAGACAAAGAAAAUAAUAGACGAAAACAUUAUUGGAGAUUAGAUACUAAAUGCAUUACAUUGUUUCAAACGUCUACUGGCAAAAACUAUUAUAAGGUUAUUCAACUAUCAGAAAUUCUGUCUGUGGAUGCAAAUAUCGAUCCUCUGGCGACGGACGCAACAAGAGGACCUCAUUGCUUUGAGAUGAAAACUAGGACACUCACGUACUACGUUGGUCAGGCAGAUAACUUAGAGGCGUCGGAUCCCGUCGAUAGGGAUGCUGGGAUCGGCACGAGGCUGGGUUUGGCCUGGGGCGAGGCUAUCAAAUCCGCUCUGAAUCCUGGCUGCGUUACUCCGCAAGCCAGUGCAAUCGCAGGCCAAAAACCAGCAGAGAAAAGUGAAGAAAAACAGAACAACAUUGACGAGAAGAAGCCAGAACCAAAGCCGAAACAAGACUUGUCUCAACUUUACCAAGUAUUUCCCGACGAAAUUCUGGGUUCCGGGCAAUUUGGGAUCGUUUACGGCGGCGUUCAUCGUGAAACAAGCAAUGAAGUUGCCGUCAAAAUUGUCGACAAGUUAAGAUUCCCGACGAAACAGGCAACCCAACUAAAGAACGAGGUGUCCAUUCUGCAGGAAUUACAUCAUCAAGGAGUGGUUAACUUGUAUCACUUUUUCGAAACACCUGAAAAGAUCUUUGUGGUGAUGGAGAAAUUAAAAGGUGAUAUGUUGGAGUUGAUUUUAUCCAGCACGAAGGGAAGAUUGACAGAAAGAUGUACAAAAUUCUUAAUAUUCCAGAUUUUAAUAGCUUUAAAGCAUUUGCAUUCGAGAAACAUCGUCCAUUGCGAUUUGAAACCAGAGAAUGUUCUCUUAUCACAGAAUUGUUCUGAUUGCGGGUUUCCGCAGAUUAAACUAUGCGACUUCGGCUUCGCCCGUAUCAUUGGCGAGAAAUCAUUUCGUCGCUCGGUCGUCGGAACACCCGCUUAUCUCGCGCCUGAAGUGUUACGUAACAGAGGAUAUAAUAGAUCCAUUGAUAUGUGGUCCGUUGGAGUCAUUAUUUAUGUUAGUCUUAGUGGAACAUUUCCAUUCAACGAGGAAGAAGAAAUCGCCGAUCAAAUUAAGAAUGCUGCGUUCAUGUAUCCGUCAGAUCCGUGGCAAGAAGUUUCCAAAGAAGGCAUCGAUCUCAUCAAUAGACUUCUUCAAGUUGACAAGCGGUACCGACUGUCGUGUGACAAAUCACUUGGUCAUCAUUGGUUGCAGGAGUACCAAACAUGGCUCGAUUUACGAAGUCUUGAAGGGAUCGUCGGUGAACGAUAUCUUACACACGAGAGUGAUGAUGAACGUAUGGAGGCACAUCGCUUACGACUUGAAACUCCUCGAGCAAACAAUCAUUACCAAAACUCUAUGACUGGAGCCCAGUCUCCAAAGGGAAAACUCCAAACGGCCAUGAGCUAUGUAUAACUCAAGGAGACCCCAUUUCAAAAUUGAGCAAUCGAACUUUUGGCCUCAACAAGGCCGAAGCAGGGGGUUUCUUGCUCAUAAAUCACCUCUUAUAAACCUCAUUGCUAAUGAUCAGUUUUAUCAUAGUUUUACCUCAAAAUCCAGCAGCGCAAAUACUUAUCUAAGAAAUCUCAAAUUCUCAUAUUUUAGCACUAGAAACGCUUAAUGUAUGGUUAUGGGUAUGCGUCUUCACUGAAUUAAGGGCAAGGAGAUGGUAUGAUGUUCAGUGAAGGCAUUUGCAGUUCAAAGCAUAUUGCAAAAAUCUUUCCUUUUGUAAAAAGGAAUGGUGCAGUGGAUACAUUAUGCGUUUCUAGUAACGAUCAAUCGUUAAGACUUGUACAUUUUCAAGAUUUCAAGAUGUUGCUAUUUUUCCUGUCUUCUACCAUCCUAAUUAGUAGGGUAUGCUCAACCCCCACCCAAUUUUAAUAGUUGUCUUGAUCCUAAAUCUAUCUUGGGCAAUAAAUCUUGUAUUAUCAAAUAUAUAUCAAAGCAAGGAUUUACAAGAAAAAAGCAAUCCUGUCUAGGUUAUAUUGCAUUUGAAAGGAUUAUUAAGACAGAACAUAUUUUAAGAUGCAUAAUAUUACAGAAUAAAGGCCAUUUUUUAUUGUAUCAUAAUUAUUACCCUGCACAGAAUGUAAAUUUUACACAAUUUCAUAAAUA